CGAGUAAAAAUUACCUUCAAAAGCACAUUAAUAUAUACAAACAUAAUUCCCAACGACCCGCCAGACACCUGUGCCCAGAAGCCUGCCGCAGUAUAAAAGCGCUGGUCAGUCCUGUGAAAGAAAUUCAGUGGAAAUUCUAACUUCAUACCGAACAGAACACAAGUGUCGCGUCAUCGAAACAAACUAAAGAAAUCAAACAAAAUGCGCCUUUGCAUUCUAUUCGCACUCAUUGUUGCGAUCUACGCCGACGCCGAUAAAGAGCCCGAAGAGUCGGGGGUUGCAGCUGUGAAGCCAGUAUCCGUUGAAAUGCAAAGCGCUGGAGCGGACGGGCAGCCCAACAUUUUGCUGGAAGAUGCGGAUGCCGGCGGAGAGCAUGCCGAGAAAGCUGAGCGUGUAACACGAAGUUUCGGUUGGGGCGGUUACGGUGGAUACGGCUACAAGCGUUGGGGUGGCUACGGAGGCCACAGAGGCUAUGGGGGUUAUGGGGGUUAUGGUGGUUAUGGUGGAUAUGGUGGUUAUGGAUAUCGUCCGCACUAUGCUAUUGUUUAUCGGAAACCGUAUUACCAUGGUUAUGGCCACAAAUAUUGGGGUUGAAUGCCGACUUGUUAAAAUUGAAAUGCGAUUAAAAUGUGUAUACGAUUAUAGAAUCUACUUAGAAAAAAAUAAAACAAUUUUAAAUAGCAAUUAAUCUAA